CCGCUCUAGCGGACGGGACAGGCCGUGCAUGUGCAGUGAAGGAGGCCGGCGGUGUUUUUCAGGGAAGGGGUGGGCACUAGGCCGGCUUGUUUUUCCUCAACUGUCGUUGCCAUUCCGGCAGUGGGGAGGAGCCGUUGACGGUAACGUGUUGGAAGCGGCUGCUUUUUCUUUCAGCUCUUUUCGGCUGGGAGUAGAGGGGCCGUUAGUAACGGUUUGAGGAGCUAAGGAAAAAGGUUUUCUCAGCCUCGACUUUCCGCACGGGAUCUCGCCGAUGUCUUGGAACCGCUUACUGAGUCUUGGCAUCAGUGUACAGCAUCUGCUGAGGGCUGGCAUUCAAGGACAGCGACCAUGGCGAUGUCACUCAAGGAAGCUUCUACCUGCGGUAACUGGAAGACGGUGUAAACAUGGUGUUCCAGACUCCUUGAACUGUUCAUGGUUGAUGCAUGAUAAACACUUGGAAUUGAAGUAUUCUGACAAGGUGAUGCGUUUAGAUUAUGUUUGGCUACGGGAUCAUUGCCGUUCUGCAUCAUGUUACAAUUCAAAGACUAAUCAGCGAAGCUUGGAUACAGCUCAGGUGGAUUUGGCCAUCAAACCAGCAAAAAUACGUACAGAUAAUGAUACAAUCUACAUAACCUGGCCAGAUAAUCAUAUGACCAAGUAUCCCUUGUCAUGGUUGGUAAAAUAUUCUUUUGAAGGUCAGAAGCAGAUAGUUCAACCUCGUAUCUUUUGGGAUGCUGCUGUUUAUAAAGAAGCCCAAAUGCCUUAUGUCACUUACAAUUCUGUGAUGGAAUCUGACAAGGAACUAAAAAAAUUUUUGGAAGCUUUCCUGCUUUAUGGCAUUGCUUUUAUUGAUGAAGUCCCUGUGAGUGUUGAGGCAACAGAAGCUGUAGCUUUACGUGUUGGUUUGAUCAGAGAGUCUAUUUUUGGCCGAAUGUGGGAUUUUACUUCGGACUUCUCUCGUGGUGACACUGCAUACACAAAAGUGGCACUGGAUCGGCAUAUAGACACAACUUAUUUUCAGGAACCUUGUGGAGUUCAGUUGUUCCAUUGUCUGAGGCAUGAUGGAACUGGUGGAAAAACUCUGUUGCAAGAUGGGUUUAAUGCUGCAGAAAAUGUACGAAGAGAAAAUCCACAUAACUUUGAAGUUCUUACUAAAGUACCAAUAAAACACGAAUAUAUUGAGAAUGUAGGAGGAAGCCACAAUCACAUGAUUGGAAUUGGACCAGUUCUGAAUGUUUAUCCAUGGAAUAAUGAAUUGUAUCUAAUAAGGUAUAAUAAUUAUGACAGAACCGUUAUAAGCACAGUACCUCAUGAUGUUGUCCACCAAUGGUAUGUUGCACACCGAGCCCUUACAACAGAACUCAGGAAGCCAGAGAAUGAAAUCUGGGUGAAACUUAAACCUGGAAAGGUUUUAUUUGUUGAUAAUUGGAGAGUCCUGCAUGGCCGUGAUGCAUUUACUGGGUACCGUCGGCUGUGUGGCUGUUACCUGAUGAGAGAUGAUGUACUGAACACUGCAAGAUUCCUUGGGAUCGAGAUUUGAAAACAAGUCAACAAAUUGUUUAUGGCAGACUUCUGGCAUUUCUUGGAAUUUGAGAUUCAGUUUUUGAACUUGUAACUGUUGGUGGAGCAUCUUAAAGUUUGAUGAUGGAUCAUGUAUUCACUGAAACAAUAUUUUUCAAAAUAAAUUAUAUUUUGCAUUCCCUGUUGAACUAAAA